AUGCAAACAUUGUCCGGUAAUUUUCUUAAGCUGCAAGUGAAGUACUUUCGUGUUAUAGGCUUUGAUAUAAUCGGAAGCAAACGCAACUGGCUGCAACCUUGGAAGACCAUUUUCCUGAUGGUUGGCGUAUCCAUAACUCAGUUUAUGGUCGUUUCCUUUAGCAUUGUCAAUUUUGAGGACAUUGAAAAGCUAACCGAUGCACUGACCGCAAUGAUAAUGAAUCAUUUGUCAUUGUUGAAGUACGGUUUGAUUAUUUGGUUGCGAAACGACUUCAGACGAAUUAUCCAUGAAUUUCAUAAGAUUCUCGCAAAAGAGUACAAAAGUGAAAUUGCCGCCAGUAUUAUAGACCAAGAGAAUCGGCGUGAUCAACGCAUAAGCAGCGUCUACGCAAAUUGUUUUCUACUUGCCGCAGUCUUAAGCGCUUCGAAGCCUAUAAUGCGAAUAUUGCUGCUCAUUGUGACCUCAGCGGAAGUACAACUAGAGAUGAAUAUACCCUGCUAUUAUCUGUGGGACAAUCGAAAGCUGCACAAUUUUCUCAUUUCCUGUGGAUUAUUGAGCAUUGCCAGCAUUGGCGUUGUUUUAUCCACAAUCGCUCUAGAUACAUUUUACGUCUCUUUAACUCACAAUUUGGUUGCUCUCUUCAAGACAGCGCAGUACAAAAUGCAGUUCUUCGCGGUGACAACGCCACAAGAGACAAACGAUCGACUGCGUGACAUUAUAUAUCUCUAUAAGGUCAGCUUGGACAUGAGUAAUCGAUUAAAGCACUUCUUUCGCCUGCUAAUCUGCAUUCAAAUGGUGCUCACCUCGGUGCAUUUAUGUGUGCUCAACUUUACACUUUCCUACAACUUUGGGCAACCCCAGAUGUUCUUCUAUAUCGUAUUUAUUAUCGCUGUUCUAAUCCAACUUCUCAUUUAUUGUCAUUGCGGUGAGUAUCUUAAAACCACUAGCCAAGGGUUUGCUGUGGCCAUCUACGAUAGUCCUUGGUAUGAGACAAUCGCAGUGAAUCCUGCAAUUGGACGGUAUCUGCAAAUCUCAAUGAUGCGAUCUCAGCGUGCCAUUCAAAUUGAUGGCUACUUCUUCGCAGCAAAUAUGGAAGUUUUUCUAUCGAUUGUAAUGACAGCCAUGUCAUAUCUAACGCUGCUACGCUCGGUUUCUUAAAGGAAUUUUAAGAAUUUUAAAAAUUUAUUAAAUAGAAAAGUAAAAAAAGCCUUAAUGCUACUACGAUUCGUUUUUCAAAAAAAAAAUUUAAGGACAUUUAUUUCGUUAAGUAGAAAAUGAAAUAGAAAACGCUUAACGA